CGCUGUCUCGAUCCUCUCUAGCGUCGUUCAAAGCGCUUUGCAACUACCACCACUCGUAAUGUCGGAAAACAACGCGUCGUCUUCAAAGGUACCACAAGACGCCGAAAAAACAGAGACCAAGCCACCACAAUCCCAAGUAAACGGUUUGGAGGAAGACGACGAGUUCGAGGAGUUCGAGGUACAAGAUUGGGAUGAUGCGCAGACCGAGCUAGCGCAUCUCGGGGGUACGACACCUGGCGUUGCAAAGUCAGGUGGCGAUAAGCUUUGGGAAGAUAACUGGGAUGAUGACGAUGCAGAGGACGAGUUUAGCGUGCAACUGCGGGGCGAACUUAUAAAAACGGGGCAAGGAACAACGAGUGUCGCGCCUGGAGGGACAGAUGCAAUGCAGGACUAGGCUACCAUCGCGUGUAUUCGCACCUCGAGGUUUGGGCCCAGGAUCUGUUUGCCAUUCGUGUCUAUAACUAGAGUGUCAGCCAGUAUUCCUAUUUCUGCACAGUAUUCUCACAUUUGGCUUCUCAGAGUCAGGUUCGGUUGUUGAUGGCUUAUCGUCGUUCACGUGGUAUAUCAAAUAUAUUCAAUACACAUGACUUGCUCAGAGGUCUAUUUUG